UUGAUCCAAGCGGAAAUCACUGCUGUGACUUCUGUCAUGCGCAAAAACGCUCGGUGGUCUAAUUCUUCGUCCCAUUUUUAUUCCCGAAACACCGCUCUAGCGGGUAACAUGGGUUUGCGACGUGGCACCCAUGGAACAAGCGAAAGACCAACGAGAGAAAAUCGGGAAGCCGAUUUAAUGGGAGGUUUCGAUGAUCUCAGACGGGAGUUACGCCAUAUUCAAGACAUUCGUGAAUUGUCAUUGACCUCGUUGCUUUCUCCAUUCUUAUCAUUAAUACGCUCCCCUCUUUCCACUGGGCCAAUAACAUCCACUGUCCUUUCAUCUCUCCAUACUUUUUUUGUCUAUGGUUUGAUUACGCCCACCUCGGGCGGCAUACAGCCAGCCCUCUCAUCAUUGUGUACUGCGGUAUCUCGACUCCGCUUUGAGGGUACCGAUCCGACUGCAGAUGAAAUCGUGUUAUUACGCAUGCUAGUGGUGUUGGAGGCCUGUUUGACGGGCGACGUUGGGGAUUUGUUGGGAGACGUGGAAGUUUGUGAGCUUCUCGAAACGGUCUUGACCAUUUGUUGUCAGAUGCGGAGAAGUGAGCUCCUGCGUCGGAAAGCAGAAUUGACUAUGCAUCUCCUUGUCAGGACGCUGUUCUCGCGCCUUGCCACCAUCAACCCCUUGGACGCAGAGAAGAACUUGGAAGAAGAGGAUGGCUAUGAGAAAAGCCGUGUUAAGGCCCAGAAGCCCGCACCUGUAUCCUCUGAUGUCGCGAAGGGUCAAAGUGAGACGUUGACAGAACCAAAUGCAGCGGCUUCUCGAGCACUGACUCCAAUAUCAAUCUCUUCUGCUCCUUAUGGACUGCUUUCCAUCAGGGAACUUCUUCGGGUUGUUGUCAAUCUUCUUGACCCCACUAAUCCGCUCCAUACCGACUCUAUACGCCUCACUGCACUUGGUAUACUCAAUUCCUCCCUUGAAGUCUCAUCGACUUAUCUAGCAUCGUUCCCGUCAUUGUCCAGUAUACUCAUCGACAAAGGAUGCAAAUUCUUGUUCCAACUGGCUGGCUCAGAGAACCUCCAAAUUCUCUAUCUGUCUUUACGAGUAAUAACUAUACUCUUUCAGGAAGAUUCGUUACUCAAGCAGCUCAAACUACAACAAGAACUGUUUCUUAGCUUUACUUUAGAUAGACUCGCCCCUCCUGUCAUCCCGAAUGGACCCCAAGUUCAUUUGAGCGUCGGAGGCAGGGGCCACAUGAGCAAUGCUUCUCGCUCCUCUCUUUCAUCCAGACAUGGUGUUGCUUCCCCUGAGCCAAACGAUGGUGAUUCGUCAAUUGACGAAAUUCCUGCUCCUCUUCCCCGUCUUAGAGUCCAGCCGGCUCGGGGAGAAACUAGGGAAUUGUUGUUGGAAGCUUUGGCUAACAUGUCUCGGCAACCAAGUUUUUUUGCGAAUCUUUGGGUUAAUUAUGACUGCGACAAGAACUGUGAAGAUUUGUUCGAACGUCUGAUUAAUUACUUGACGAAGUAUCCAAUCAAUGUUGAAGCCCAACAGUAUAGCUCUCAGCUUCUCUGCCUGGAUAUUUUGUUAAGUCUCAUUCACUCCAUGGCUGUCCGGGCAGAACAUACCCCUCCGUCUAAUCCUCCUCUACCGACGCCUGACGAGCUCAAGAAGCAAAAGGCCUACAAGAAAUUGUUCCUCGCUGGCACUGCCCGUUUCAAUGCCAAACCAAAACUCGGACUUGCUUUCUUGGAAGAAAAUGGGCUUCUUUUCAACGAUGACCCAGCUGAUGUUUUUCGUGCUCGCAGCAUCGCAAAGUUCCUGAAAAACGCGGCUCGAUUGGAUAAGAGGCUGCUCGGAGAAUUCAUAUCAAGGAGCGAGAACGCUGAGAUCUUAAAAGAGUUUAUCAGUUUGUACGAUUUCCAGAACAAAUCUAUUGCCGAGGCUCUCCGGGAGCUACUCGAGUCUUUCCGGCUGCCUGGAGAAGCGCAACAAAUAUCCAGGAUAACGGAAACUUUCGCAUCGAUCUACUUCGCUACGGAACCUGCCGAAAUCCAAUCUGAGGAUGCGGUUUACGUCCUUGCAUAUGCUGUCAUCAUGCUAAACACGGACCAACACAGCCCCAAUAUCAGGAAACGAAUGACGGAAGAAGAUUUUCAAAGAAAUCUCCGGGGUGUGAAUUUCGGUUCCGACUUUCCACCUGAUUAUCUGCAUUCCAUCUACGAAAAUAUUCGAGAAAGAGAAAUCAUCAUGCCCGAAGAGCACACCGGGCAAGCUGGAUUUGACUAUGCCUGGAAAGAGCUCCUCGUUCGAACGGACAUUUCUGGCUCCUUGUUUUUGUGCAACACGUCUAUAUACGACAGCUCAAUGUUCGCCAUGGCAUGGAAAUUUAUCGUUACCUCUAUCGCAUCGGCUUUCACGACUUUUGAUGACGAAUUUGUCAUUCAGGAUGUGAUUGCAGGGUUCCGGGAGUGUGCAACAUUAGCCAGGAAAUUCGAGCUUCCAGAAGUAUUUGAUUAUAUUGUGAUGUCUUUGUCACAUGCGACUGGCCUGCUUGGCGAUCCUGGCAUUACCUCAGCUGCUAACUUUCCAACUGCCGAGGUUGAUGGACAGACUGUCACCGUCUCAACGCUUUCAAUACGAUUCGGGACCAGUUUCCGUGGUCAGCUCGCUGCUGUGGUUCUCUUUACUAUCGCGAACGGGAACGGGAAUGCUAUUCGCGAUGGAUGGUCUCAGAUCUUUGAAAUGUUCCAAACACUUUUCCUUUAUUCCCUGCUCCCCACUCGGAUGCUGCAGACGGAAGAUUUUCUCGGCGGAGUGUCGAUGAUUCCGAUGCAAGGCAAUGCGGCAUCACCUGUCCAUGGCCCGAACCGUUCAGACGGAGGUCUGCUUUCAGCAUUGUCUUCCUAUCUCCUAACUCCCUAUGGCACCGCUGUCGAAGCUGCAGUGCCUAGUCUGUACAACGAAAUCAUGCAGCUUGACCUCGAUGCCUUAGUUGCUGCAGUGCGCGCGCUCGCCGAGUUAGCCGAUCGUCGCACCACUAUCCGAUUAUCAGAAACAGAUGAUCUUACCCUUCGAUUGCAUGAAGUUGCAGAUUUCAGGGCCCUUCCUUACGACCCUGCGUCUGUUUUUCUCCUUGAGACUCUAGUGAGCAUUACUGUACAAACAUCCAGCAAAAUUGAAGAAAUAUGGCCAAUUGCCUUCUCUCAUAUAGCCGGAAUCCUAGCAUCACCUAAACGAUUUAGCAUACUGCUUGUCGAGCGUGCGGUAGUAGGUCUCCUCCGCAUUGCCUUGAUAUUAGCCAGUCAGAAAUCGCUGCGAGAUCAACUCUACAUUGCAUUAGACUUGCUAGGUGGUUUACCGCUUCCCAUUGUGAAUGCGGUUGCCGAACAACUUAUCUCUGGAGUUGCUCUGAUUGUCCGCAAGCACCGCGAGGUCAUUAGUUCCGCGACAGAAUGGAGCUUGGUUUUUGCGCUGCUUCGCGGAGCUGUAUCACACCAUGAAGCUGGAAAGCUUGCAUUUGAUGUCGUUUCAGAGCUUGCGGAAUCUCUUGGAGUGGAAGGGAAUCGCAGAGUUGAGAGUUUACCCGCUUUGAUAGCAAUCCUUGAGGAAUUUGCCUCAGUUCCUGGGCGUGCUGUGGAAUUGCGAGUUAGUAAACGCCCCCAGCCUAAUGUGACAGUCACAUCUCCCAAUCUUGAGCGGGCCAUUAAAGCCAUUGAGCUCGUUUAUCGUCUUCGUAGUGCCGUUCCAGCGUGGAUAGAACAAUCGACCCUGUCUGUUGAUCAAGCGUGGAAGGUGGGCUGGACUCCGCUUUUGGUAGUCUUGGGCCGACAGUCAGCGGAUCUUAGUGCUGAAGUGCGGAAUCUGGCACUGAACUGCCUGCAGAGACUUUUGCUCGGACAGCAAAUUUCUGAACAUGGCCUUGAUGUGCUUCACCUAUUUGAUCGAGUCAUUUUCCCCAUGGUAGCUGAUCUCUUGCGAAGCGAUCUGGAUAAUAAGUCCCUCAAAGGAGUCUCCGAAUCUCGGCUACGAGCAUCCAAUUUACUCUGCAAGGCUUUCUUGCACUUCCAACUUGGCCCAAAUUCAGAGCUCAACUCCACAUUCCGGGAGUCGUGGUUAAUCGUUUUGGACUUACUGGACCGUCUCAUGCAUAGUGCAGGUCGUCAAAGCCAGCUGAUAGAGGCCAUUCCCGAGUCUCUCAAGAACGUACUUCUCGUAAUGCAUUCAUCAGGAAUACUCAUUCCCCCUUCGAAUCCCGACGGCCGCAGCGAUCAGCAGCUGUUAUUGUGGAAUGAGACGAACCACCGUCUCUCACGUUUCCUCCCAGGUCUCCUUGAUGAGUUAAUACCCGCUUCACCGCUUCCAUCUCUCCCGCGGGAGGCAACCUCAGAACCUGUGAAUGAAAAUACGGAAGCCCCUUCUGAGGUCGCCUUAUAGCAUCGGACCUGUAGUUUUAAUUUAAAAUACAAAAUAAUAUCGUUCAAUCAGGCUCAGACAGAUGACUAGGAUAAAAUGCCCGGGGGCCGGAAUUCGCAUAUUAUCGCUCUCUUAAAGGAAAGAUUACUGAGUGUAGGUACAACCUGGACGAGAAGAGCACAAAGUUUCUUGGUGCAAGGCGGGUCCUGAACGUCUUGGUGGCGGUGGUGGAAAACGGGACGUCUUCACAGCCGAGGCGACAACCCAGCGUCCGAUUGCAGAUCACGAC